CAAUUGAUCAUUGUAAUUAGAUAAUGUCCGAAUUAUCUUGGUCACAACAAUUAAUACAAUAUGGACCACAAUUAUUGUCGGAUUGGGAAAAAUAUUAUCAACGUUUAAUUAUAUUCAUUGAUUUUGUACCAUUAUUGGGUCCAUUAUAUAAUGCUGGACAUGCAUUGAAUUUAUUAUGGAUAAUAUGGCGUUCAUCAAUAUUUUCCAAUCAAAGAUCUUCUUCUUCUUCUUCACAAUCAUCGAAUAAUGUUGAAAAUAUUGAUGAUGAAUUCAAUAAUAAUAAUAAUAUUGAAAAUUAUGAUGAAAAUGAUUUGAUUAAAAAUCGUGACAAAUAUCGUCAAGUUCGUGAACGUGGUUUAACGGCCAUUGUAACGGCAUUGAUCGAUAUAUUUACCAUUUGUUUAGCAUUGGCUGUUAUUGCAUUUAUUUGUGAUUGUCUAUUACGUAUACAAACAUUUGCAUUUAUAAGACAUUUAUGUAUAUUGUUUAUUAUAGUCAAUACAUUUGCAUUAACAAUUGGUGCAAAAAUUAUUGCCGGACAGGCUGUUAUCAAUGUUACCAGACAAUUGGAAGAUGUAAAUCAUGUUGGUGUUAGUGUAGUUAAAUCGGCACAUAUUACAGCAUCAGCAAUUGAACGUAUUGUUGAAACAACCGAAACAACGACAAACAUUUUCGUUGGUAGUUGUUAUUAUGUUUGGACACGAUCAGUGUUCUAUACAAUACAAACGAUAACAUUUCCACGUAGGUCAUGGUAUUGGUUAGUUGCUCAAACACGUUUAUUAUUUCAAAAAAUGAUGGCCCGUUUCAAAAUGUUUAUCAAACGUAAUCUAACAUGGAAAGCAAUGUUGAAUUUAUUUACAUUAGGAUUCAGUGGUUGGAUCGUUGGCGUUAUAAAAAGACGCAAACAUUUGGAUUGAUUUCAUUUUAUUAUUUAUUCUCUUUGUUUUUCGUUUACAAUUUUGUUCUGCUAUUUCGAUAAUAUUUUGCUUUCAUCAAGCAUCGUAUAUUCUAUUUUUUCGUUGGUAAACUUUAAUCUUCUGUUUCAAUCAUCAUCAAAUCAUAUUGG